CUAACAGCCCGCUGGGCGCUGGUGCAUCAAAUUAUUUUUUUAAAAAUCAAAUAAAGCCCCGAUAAGUAAACAUAAUGUAAACUGAUUCAUAAGACUACAAUAACAGUUUUAAUACAUGUGUGGGUGCCACACUAGCGCCCUCUGUCAGUACACUGACCAGGAAGUACAAAAGUCUGUGACAACGCCAGUCAGUCACCACCCUUCAAAGUCUGAGGUCGACCAGCGCCACCACGCACUCGACAACUGCUCGGCUUUGUUUGGAACAAACAACAUUGUAAGCGCCCUCUGUCAGUACGCUGACCAGGAAGUACAAAAGUCUGUGACAACGUCAGUCGGUCACCACCCUUCAAAGUCUGAGGUCGACCAGCGCCACCACGCACUCGACAACUGCUCGGCUUUGUUUGGAACAAACAACAUUGUAAGAAUGUCCCGCAAGUUCUGUCCGGUGCCGAAUUAUGACAAAGAUGACAGAGUACAGCAAAUCAAGGAGUUGUCCAAGUCUGUGAGAAAACUCACAUACCCUCCACCUGCACCACCUGUCAACAAAAACUGGGGAAAGGAAGACUUCAGUGUUAUUGAUAAUUGCGAGAGAAAACUGGUCUUGGCGACUACAGAAGAUCAACACUCAAUCAGCUUCGAUGACCUGGUGUCGCUUCUGACGAAAGAUUUGACGACAGAAGUGCAGAAGGUACGAGCACUUUACAUGUGGAUAAGCUGGCAGAACCUGACAGAAGCAAGCUCUUACACCCGAGACCACCCUGUUUCUCUACCUUACGGCUACUUAAAGUACGCUGUUGAGAAACGAAAAUAUCUCUGGGAAUUCUUUGCACAUCUCUGCAGACUAGCUGGCCUGCCAUGUGUUGUGAUCCGUGGAAUGACCAAGUUAACUGGCUGGAAGGAUUCGUCAUCGUCACGGUCACCAGACAGCACGUGGAACGCGGUGUACGUGGACGGAUCCUGGCAACUUGUGCACAUUGUGAAAAGUUUCUUAUCUGAGUCCACAGGUGGUACCACGCGUGCCUUGAUGAAAGUGGGGAAGAUUGCAAAGCAGUCCGUGAGGGCAGAGGGUAUAAAUAUUAACAGGCUUCAUGAAUAUUUUGAGAUACCAUCGUAUAAACUCUCACUCAUUUUUUUACUUUUGUAUGAAAAGACAUAUUCCGAACCCUUCUAUACAUCGAUAUUCGACGACUUCUACUUCCUCCCUGACCCUGCACACUUCAUUCACUUCUUUAUGGCUGAAGAAUUCUGGCUGGCGUUGUCCGAAAAGCUGAAUUUUAUCACCAAAGCGCCAAAUGGUAGAUGCGCCAUCUGGUUUCAAGAUGUUCCUAGAGACGAGGAACUUAAUAAAUACUUUCUUUAUUUUGAUCCGGAGUCGUCAGAUACUCCUAUAUCGGAUGAGCUACUAACGAACUCCUGUGUGGUCGUCAACGCUUCCCCAAAGUUACUGUUCACACGACUACCUGUAGCUGGUUGGUACCAACUGUACAUCAACAACAAAAACGGCUCGCCACUUCUGUUCCUGCACAUUGUGUGCUCAGGACCAAUCAAGAAGCAACCUUUUCCCUUUGCCCCAAAAGGUGGGUUUGGGUUCGGUAACGAGGCCCAGAGCGCAGGCCUGUCAGACCCUCUUCUCCAAGACGGGGUCAUCAAAGUCCGAGAAGGGGAAAAAACUCGCUUCAAAUUUCGCAAACCGACAUCCAAGGAAGUUCGGAUCAGGCCGGUGCACCAUGAUCGCGGAAGUGACGAUUUCAUUAGUCGCGUUACGCAUGAGCAGAGUGGUGAUCACGUGACCGUCAGCGUCAGAGUCCUGUAUGAUGACCACAACCCUGAGUACGGACUGCAGAUCGACACUUGCGAAGGUGACAGUGAUUCUGAAAACGCCCUCAAUUACCUGCUUACCCCUGAUCAGCAGCUGUCAGGCAUCUUGAAAACAAAAAAAUCCCAGGCUCGUGAUGAUCUGAAGAUGGCGAUAGCCGACGACGACACCGAGGUACUUGAAAAUGCUCUUAGCGAGUAUCGUGCGUUUGGUGAUGAUGGCAAGAGCAGACAACCUCGUGACAACAGUGAAUGA